UGCCAUAUUGAUAGCUUACUGUGUGAAGUGGAUACCUGGCUUUCUGAGAAAAGAGAUCGCCGCUGGUUCCAUGGAAUAGGACGGGCGAGAGCAUGACAGGAUGAGAUUACCCGAAAUCCAGACUACGGGGUGAGUGCUGACACUGCUGAGUAGAGUAGAGCAGGAUUCCGAUCGAUGAGCAACCUCGAUCUUGAUCUCUGGUUGUGUCAAUUGAGACCCACAGUUCAGCUUGCCCCGCAACAGUUCACUAUGAUGCAUCAUCCGGAAUAAGAUCAUCUAUGACUAUGCAACUUGAGAAGAACAUCACUGAUCACCGUCCUAAUCUCAGCUGCCCAGCCACGGCGUUCGUUUAUUGAAAUACCACCUCAGAGACCGUCUUCCUUCUCAUUCACCAUCCUUCAUCACAGUGAUCAAGAUAUACAUCGUGUCUUAGAGAUUGGCUCAUCUUCAACAAAAUGGCAUCUUCCAUUUAUACUAUCUCUGUGGAGAACCAACGUGGUGCCAACUCCAACUACGCAGUUUUUUUCGACACACCAGAAUUUACUGGCGGUCAUGAACCCUGGCUGAAUGUGUGGUACACCAGCUUCGUUCCGUAUCAGGGAAACUUUGAGAUUAGGUCGGGUAACGACUAUUAUGCCUGGGUUGGCAGUGUGCCAACACGCCCAGCUCCAGGCGUAAUCGUCAACAAUGGCAUGAGUCUGUUUGCUCAGACGGGCACUAAUUCUAACCCCGGAAGUACCUUCGACUUGAAAAUCGUUGAGGAAUUCCCUACACUCGCCGAGACCGAACCUGCCGCUCAUGCGGAUGCAUACGAAAUCAAAACUGGUACGGACCUCAAUAUGCCCAAUGAUACUUAUCUGGUCGGCCUCGCCAAGGUCAACAACAGAGGGCAGGUUGUGCCGGUUGCCUCGGUUGCUCCCCAGAACAACCAGUCCAUUCAAAUCAUCCCUCGACAGAAGUUCUUCAUCACGGAGAGUCAGCAGUAUCCUGGUGAGAUUGUCGACCGCUAUGCUGUUGAGAGGGAGGGGGCGACCAUCGACUUCAGCAGGGGCGAGGGGGCGGGCAAGUUCUACGCCCGUGUGGUCCAGAAAGAAGAUGGGAGAUUCGAGGUGACCUACUCUGAAUCCUUCUCUUGAGUUGAGACAUAAGCUCGAGAUACCGUGGGGUUCUCUGUUCUUUACCAAGUAUAGUCCUCGCAGGUAUGCCAUUUUGACAUGCAGCAGUGAGAGACUGAUUAUACCAGAG